AUGCUUUAUAAAAUAGUUAAUAUUCUUUAUAAACAUGUUUAUAAUUUCUUAAAUCAACGAAAAGAAUAUGCAAUAGCUAAUGAACUUUUGAAAAAAACGAUUCAAUUGGGAACUUUGUUAGCUAAAUCUUACAAUAUACCAGCCAGCUCUGAUGAAUCUGAUAGCUUUGAUAGUUCUGACUUAAAUUAUGAUAACAAUGAAUUAGAUUCUCAAGAUAUUGAGAAUAUAAAUCUAUCUUUAAUUCAAAAUCCUAUUGUUAAUGCAAGAAAAGGUGCUCAAUGCAAACAAAGUUUAAAGGAUUAUAUGAG